CCUUUGCCUUAUAACAUGUUACAAAAACAGUUUUUUUUUUAAAAAUCGCUAUUGUUUCUGUGGAUAUCUAAUUGAAAUAUUAUGCAAUAUGAGGGAGAUGUGAAAAACAACAUAGCCAGUCGAUCUUUUCAAACAUUUUGUUUUUAAUACCAUGGCUCUUCAACGUUUAUGUCGGCUUUCGGGAAUCGUUCUUUGCUUUGAGAACUGUUUACGGAACCUCGAGAACUAUGUCGAUCUUCCUUUGACGAGUUUCAACCUCUGAAGCAACACACAAGUCAGGACAAGUUCUGCAUAGUUUACAUGUUUUUGCAGGUUAAUUUUAAAAAAGAGAGGCAACUUUCAAUAUUAGACCAAUAAAAGUCUUUCUAAUUAGUUAUUCUUGAUAUCUUAAUGAGUGUAUUACGGAAUCUGAUAGUAUUUUUGCUAGUACUUUAACCUUAUCGCAUUGUUUAUUGUUUAUUUCCUGGUAUAAAAGCUUAGAACACAGAUUAAAAUGGAUGGUUUUGUUGGUGUUGCUGGAAUUGAAGAUUGUUGGAAGUGUUGCAGUGCUGCAAAAACCUUCGAACUAAAAACCACAAGUUGGCCGCAAGAGACCAGUCCUCUAAGGUGGGAUUUCCUGUUGACUGCUUGUUCUUCUUUUCAUUUCUCUACAUGCUGCUUGAAAUACCAGAAAUUUGUUUACAAGAACAUGAGAAGCUUCUAAUAACAACAUGCAAAGCAGGAAAUUCCGUUUUUUUUUUUACCCCAUUAGUUUCAGUCCACAGCAGUAAACAAAAAGGAUGUGAGUGGAUUUAAAAACUUUAAAAGUACCAAAUGUUACUGUAAUACAGACAACACAGAGAAGACUUUUAUGAUAAUAACGCAAAUGACUGAAGCACCGUUUCUGACCAACAUUUGCAUAAUUUGUGACAAAAAAUUGCACAUCAAAAUAAUAAUGAUGAUGAUAAAAAUGCAGCACUGGAAAUAAAGCAGAGAUCAAAAUGAGUUAGCAAAUUUUCCGGGUUGCUAAAAAUAGGAAGAAGAACUAACAAACUGCUCUGUGUGAGUUCCACCCUCAGAGUCGAUUCUCUGCAACGUUUCAUUGCAACACAGCAGCUUCUCCUGAGCCAAACAGUUAAAGAGAGAAGCAGCGAUGAGUUUUUCUGCAGCAGCAGCAACUGGGUUUGUUGUCCUGUUCCUCUCUGUGACAGUGGGACAAGAUGAACCUGCCUGGUCAGUUAAAUAUGAUCCAUCUCAGAUCUGUGCCUUUAUAGGAUCAACAGUGAUGAUAAAAUGCUCCUAUAAAUAUCCAUCUAUAAUAGAUGGAAUAAAAACAGAAGUUAAAAAUAAAAUCUGGUUCACUAAAGGAAAUAAUCGAGUCCCUGUGGAUCUGAAGAACGACUCUAACUAUAAAGGUCGAAUAACUUAUAACUUUACAGAAAGCAGCAGCAGCUUUCUGACAAUCAAAGAUCUGAAACAAAGAGACUCAGCAAAGUACAAGUUCAGGUUCAUAACAAACCAACCAGGUGGAGAAUUUACUGGUUCACCUGGAGUCACCUUGACUGUUCUAGAUCCAGACCUCAGAGUUCAGGUCAGAAGAUUAGAGACGCAGACGGAGCUGAAGUGUGAAAGCAGCUGUGAUCAAAUCAAACCUCCUUCAUAUGUUUGGUUCAACAAAGAAAACAAAAUGGAGGAACAGAGUUCUUCUAUAGUCGUCUCAGUCAGAGAUGGAGGCAGAUAUUCCUGUUCUGUUAAAGGACACGACGAUCUCCGCUCUCCCUCUGUGUAUGCUCCCAGGCCUCCCUCUGUGUCAGUGACUCCCUCUGGUGAAAUCAUGGAGGGCAGCCUGGUGACUCUGAACUGCAGCAGUGAUGCUAACCCAGCAGCUAAAUACACCUGGAGGAAGAAGAACAACCAAUCAGUUGUCAGUACAGACCAACAGUUUGUCCUCAGCUCCAUCCUGUCCUCAGACUCUGGACAGUAUUACUGCACAGCUCAGAACCAGCUGGGAGAGAAAACAUCUGGACUCGUCUCUGUCCAGGUCACAUAUGCUCCCAGGCCUCCCUCUGUGUCAGUGACUCCCUCUGGUGAAAUCAUGGAGGGCAGCCUGGUGACUCUGAGCUGCAGCAGUGAUGCUAACCCAGCAGCUAACUAUAGCUGGUACAAGGAGGGAGAGGAGGCGCCAAAAGCUUCAGGACAAAACUUCACCAUCACUAACAUUAUGUUCAAGCAGAGAGGAAACUAUUACUGUGAAGCUCAGAACAGCAGAGGGCGCUGUAACUCCACUGUGACCAUGAACGUUGUGGCAGCACCAAGGAACCGAGUCGCUGCUGCUGCUGCAGUUUCUGCUGUUCUCCUGAUUCUCAUCCUCAUCUGCCUCCUUGUGUGGCUCAUCAGAAAAACCAAAGUGUGGAAGCAGCAGUCCAGACCUGGAGCAGGACCAGUUCCCAGUGAACAGGUGAACCCAGCAGAGGAAAGUGUUGCCUACUCUGUUGUCCACUUGGCAACGAAACAGGAAGAGCCUCUUUACUGCAACACGGUCCAACUUGGUCCAACUCGGCCCAAGAGACACAAGAAGAGGAAGGAAGAAGAGACGGUGGAGUAUGCCUCUGUUAACUGUGGCAGAACCAGGACUGAUGCAAGAACCGAGUCUGAAAAGCAGGACAGUGUGGAGGAUCCAGCUGCUUUGUACAGCAAAGUCAACAAACCAGGAAAGAACAGCAGAGAAACUCCUGCUGGUUUCUAAAUGACUUUUACUUUGAUUCUCCAUCAGUUUAUCCAGAGAAACUCCUGCUGGUGCAGAAAUUAUAAAGCACUUUUUGUUUCUCUCUUGCUUUUCUGUUAUUUGUUUGCAUUUCCUCUAAUUCAUGUAAAGACCUUUGAAUUGACUUGUUGAUGAAAAUGUUCUAUAUCAAUAAAAUGACGUUUAGAGAAAAUACAAA